AGCAGGUCUUUUUGUCUUUCGGGCCAUUUGAUCAUCAUGCUUUUGUUCCUACUCCUCACAGUCAUUGUGACUGGUCAUUCUCAGAGAUUUCCAGGUAAACAGGAUGGUGAUUCCUGUGUGUGUAAAAUAAGCAGUUCUAUCUGGGAAUUUCCUGCUGUGCAGUUCGAGAAAGUCACAAAGCAGGUCCAGACCUGUGAGGUCAACCUUAUUGAGUUCCAGAAAAAGAUAAAGAACAAAAACGAUGAAUUGCCGAAGAUGGAUGCCAGCAUUAAGAACAUCGUGAAACGUCUAAAACCCUUUGAGUACCUGAACACAAAUGGCUUGUACAAUGCCCUUCACCUGCAACAGUUGGACCAAGAGCUUGAAGAAAUCCAUCGGACUACCAGAGAAAUACACCAGAAAAACCCCAGCAAGGAGACUCAAAACCUGCUGAAUGAGUUGCUUAAGGCAAAGAAGGAAAUCCAGAACAUGUACAAAGAUAGUUUGUUCAAUCUUGAGACAAUGAAAAAGAGGUUACGUGAACUCAACAAUAGAGCACAAUCCUGCAAAACUAUACCUGAAGAUUUCAGAAGUGCCUGUUUUCAGCGCAUCAUGACCAACAUUAGUUCUCCAGUCGUCACCAAACUAAAUUCCCAGUACAGCACAUAUAUCUCUGGUGCUUGGGGCCGUGAUGCCAAACUGAACAGCAAGGAACGCUAUUGGGAGCACUGUCUGGUGAGUGGAAACAAGCAUGGCAAUACAAUCAGAAUGUACAACUCUCAUCAAGAUUUAAUGUCCAACAAGAACUACAAGGAUGAAUAUAUUGCAUCAUCAUACACCAACGCAAAUGCUGUUCAAGGCUCUGGCACCAUACUGUACGAUAACACUGUAUUUUACCAAUGCUACGGCACAGCUGAGAUCUGCAGCUUCAACAUUACAACACAGGCAACCAAGCGAAUGAAACUGAGUGGUGCCGAUAUAGGCAAUAAGUUCCCUUUCUGCUACUACAGCUGCCGUGAUUGGACUGAUAUCGACCUGGAGGCUGGCCAAGAUGCUGUGUGGGUAAUAUAUGCCACAGAGGAGAACCACGGCAACAUUGUUGUGAGUCGUUUAGACCCAGUAGAGCUCAAUAUCACACAUACCUGGAAGACAAAUCUCUUUAAGAGGUCUGUCAGCAGCACGUUUAUGGUGUGUGGGGUCCUGUAUGCUACACGCUUUGUUAGUACUUACCAAGAAGAGGUGUUUUAUGCCUUUGAUACAACCACUGGUCAGGAGAUAAAUACACUUUCUUUGCCUUUUGAGAAGGUUGCAGCAGGAAUAGCCAACCUGAACUACAACCCUGUUGAUAGGAGACUAUACUUGUAUAAUGACGGCUAUCUUUUAGCAUAUAACACCUUCUUCUGAGGGUUUAUCAUAUGCAGAAACUUGCAUUAGCUUCAAUUUAAGCUGUAUUUCAAAAUAUCUCAAAAGCAUUAAAGGCGAAAUGUGUAAUUUCUGCUCCACAAAGAAAUGGCAAAAACAUAUUUCUCGGCCCUAUUUGGAGAUCUAUCUGCCAACAAAAUCCCAGCCAAAAACUUUUCAAACAGUGGAGUAUAUUCAUUGUGCCAGUUUUUGAAGAACUCAUCCUCUGAAUGACUUACAGCUGCCUCUGCAUAUUAUGCUGAGAUAGGAGUAUUUUAACAUUGAAAAGUUACACACUUCAGCUUUAAGUAAUAUGUAUGCUUUGCAGUAUACAGAAGUUUGUAAUUUAUCAGUCUAAAUUGCAUCAUAUGCCCUGUUCUGCUUUAUUUCAAGAGGUUAUUGGUAGCCUGUCAGGAGGUUACUUUUUCAAAUAUAAAAGUAAAUGCACAGCAAAUAUAUGAAGUAGAGAUCAUGUGAUUAGUUUGAGAUAAUUUUGAGGUCUGCAAUAACAUGUAACUAUUUUUGUGACUUUUGAAAUGUUUGAAUCAAAUGACCCAAACAGAACCAAAUGUUUGCAAUAAAUGUGCUUAUGCA